GAUUGUGGAUGAUGGGCAAAAUAUAUAUUGUACACCAUAAUGGUUGCUGAGAAAAGAUAUAACAUUGGUGUAAAAUGCAACUUUGGCUGUGAAAGGUGUAAUUUAAGAACAUGCCAUUUUUGUGAAGUCUCUAAUUGCAUGCACAUGCUAAAUAAAUACUCUCCCCCAAAAGACCCGCAGACUGCAGAAAAUAAUAAAUAAAUAUUAAGUGAAGGGAAGUGAAAUGGUCACACUGAGUUGCAUAACCAACAGUCACUUUGCUGCAUACUUGGAAACCACAGCGGCUGAUUCCAAUCCACUUGUUAUUUUCCUGUAGCUCUGUGGUAAACUGCACAAUGCCCUACAAUGCACUCUCCCUAAGGGCAAUUAAUCAACAUUCUUAUUUCACCGUUACUCUUGACUAACACACACAUGCAGAGAUACAGUGGAGUUCAUAUUAACUGAUUAUUUAACUUCAUGUGUAACAAUACGAAUUAAAGUACACUCCUGAUCAAAAUCGUAAGACCAGUUGAAAAAUUGCAAGAAUUUACAUUUUGCAAUAUUUCCUUUACUAAGUCAUCUUUCACUGUUGUAAAGUUGUGGAAUUGCCGUUUGUGACAUGUAUUGGCAGGCAAUUCGUACUUUGCAGCAUUUCUUGACAAUCUGGCUUUUCAACUGUAUUAAAGAGCAGCAUUUCCUUUGCGAUGUAGCGAAGUGCACUUUCCGUGAGCAAUCAUUUUUUUCCUCCUGAUUUCUACUACGUUACCUUGCAUUGCUCCUCACGAGGCUACACUUUCUGCUGUGUGCAUGCUAGCAGCCCCGCCUCUCCUCAUAGAGACAAAGAGACUGCAUGUGCAUGUGUUAGGGCUCACUUCACUGAAGUCCUUGUUAUAUGGAGCAAACACACUCUGUGGCUGAAAAUAAGCACAGAGUGAAACCUCUUCCGGCAUGUUUGGAGGUGAGAGAAGAGGCAAUAUAUCUAGCUCAGCAAAAUUAUCCACUUUAUUUUCUUGUAUCGUGUGGUUACUUAUUUUGUUUAUUAUGACGAGACUGUUUUUUUCUGAACAAGAUACCUCAUCACGUUUAAAUCUUGCGAGUUCUUGUUGCACGAGAGCUCAUGACACUCCUAAAUAUUCCUAAUUUCUAGUAACUAGUAAUGUUGUAGUGAAUGAAUCAGAAGUUGGCAAACCAAGAUUCAUCUGGGUACUGAGAUGCAAUGUAUAUUGGGAAUACGAAGCUUCAAGAGUUGGAGGUCCAUGCUCUUGUUCAUUCAAGCCUUAUAUAGCUGAAAAAGGAAGGUUGGAUCAUUUUGGCCAACUGAUGUCUGUCCCAACGAUGAUGGAACUAGCAGACAAACAUUAGUCUCUAAUUCCUGUAAUCCUAUUCAAGUGUUAUUAAACCAUGAGCCAUGUUUAUGAGAGGAAGCUUGAGUUGAUCUUGAGUCCGACGUGUUGUUCAAAUUGAAGUGUGUUUCCGCUGCAGUGGGAAAGUUUUGGCUGAGGUCAAUGGGAAGUUCUGGCAUGUAUCAUGUUGCCAAAUGGGAUGUCACAACAACAGCGCGUGUGUGUCAUGUUAUUGCCGCACUAUAAAAUGAACUAUAUCUUGCAUAUUUGAUCCUAUCAUGCAUGAAGAUAUUACUAAAUUAAGCUAAUGAAAAACUCUACUUCCUUCCUCACUUACAGAUUUCAUGUACAAUAAAGAAAUAACAAAAAAGUUCCUCUUCCUUUCCCCCACCGCUUUUUAGCCUUGUGUCAGUGAAUAGAGAAGAAUGCAUCACAUCCAGCGCCUUUUCAAAAGUUGCUCCAUACUUCCUGCUGCAGCAUGACAGAUGACUCAAUGACAGCAAGCUGACGUGUGCUUCAGAUUGCCGAGUUUGCGUCAGACCUGACAUGCAGGAAGCGGUUCAUUUGGCACAGCUUCUGUCAUGUAAGCUACAAAUUACAGCAUUUAAUGCCCUGUCAUGCUUGGAGGCUUUUACUUUUUUGUGUUAGACGAUCAUUGUCAGCGGUCAUCACAUGUCCUAUCAUGUUGUCAUAUGUGUAUUGCCACAUGCAAGCAUGGUAUAUACAGUGUUCAUUGGGAUUACGCUUCAAAUAUUCAUAAAAAAGAUGAAUUGCAGUCACCACUCAAUAAAAAAGGCAGAGGCCGAGUCACGUAGGGUGCUUUGUUUGGGCACUUGAUUCUGCGGAAUAGUACAGUACAGGGAAAAUGGACAAGUUUGUUAUAUGUAUAACUGAGACACUGUAUGAAAAACAGAGAAAAAUGUAGUCGGAAAUUUUGUCCAAAACGGAAUUAUACAAAAACUAGGGCGUUCCAAAACUGUAGUUUGAUUAUUUCCAGUAUUCAAUGUUAACUGUAAAAAAUAAGUUAACCACUGUUAUUGUUAGAAUGCAAAAACAAUAAAUCACAGUUUUAACGUGAACCAUAAAUGAUCUGAGGUGCAGAUGCGCUUCUCACUUUUUAAUGUAACCUUCUGUAUUGUAACACAAGUGUAAAAAGAAGUUAGCGGCUGUUACUUGUAAAAUGACAGAUUUGAGUCUGCAUAUCUUCCAAAAUAUAUUUUUCUUCAUUUAACGGACCUUUUGAGCCUUGUCUUUCUUUUGUAAUAAGUGUCCCAAAAAAUCCACAAAAAGCCAAAUAAAAAGCAAAACACCCGUGUUAACACUUUGAUGUUGAGUUCUUGCGUGAUUUCAAACUACAAAAGUUUUGCGGAACUUCACAGGCAUGUUUUUCCUUAAAAUGUUUUCAAAAUGUAUGACCUGUUCAACUGUUAGUGUAUAUGUAGCGUGCUGUGAUAAAGGAUUAUCCUUUUGAUAAGUUACAUUUACAGUUUUCACUCUUUUAAAAAAAAAACAUUUUAUUACAAUAGGCACGCUUUAAAACCUCGAUAAUAAAUAUUAACAUGUUUCAUGGUUAACAGUAAUUGUGAAUUUGAUGCUUGCAACAUGUUUCAAAGAAAGUAGGACACUGGUAACAAAAGUGUGGGAAAACUGUGGAGGGCUCAAAUAACACCUGUGUGGAAGGGUUUGCAGGUUUACAGAUGAAUUGUUCACCAGUUGUAUUGCUAUAAAAGAGUUUUUGACAAGCAGCAACAACAACAACAACAAUGGGUGAGUGAGACGUUCACCUCUUUGUGUGUCUUUGUGCUGUCUUUGUUUCGAAGAUGCUUAAAAGGUCCAAAUUACAUUUUUUGAAACCAAAAAAUAUACAAGAACACAACCACCAGCUAGCAUAUGUUAAUAAUGCUUUAAAAGAACAAAAACCUUUGAUAUUUUUCACAAUUAAGAAUUAAACUUCACACAAAUUGUCAUGAAUUUUUGUUUGGCCUGAAUAAAACAAUUGGUGUUCAUGGCUGUCACUCACGGCUGUUGGUAUUCACAUAAAUGUCCGUGGCUUGUGCACAUACACAAAAAGCAGUCUCAGAGAAGCGGGAGUCAAUUUGGACUCAUGGUCAUGAUAGGAUAUACAUUCAAUGAUAGCUAGCGUUGGUAGCAAAACUUUGCCGCAUUGCAGGGUUUCCGCUACAUGUAAUGGAUCGUGGUGGGGCACCACGCCUCAAUAAAAGCCACCACACCUUGAAAAUUAGUUUUUUUUUUUUUUAAACGUAAAACAAUGUUAAGUAAUACAGUGUAUGAAUGGACAUAUUAUCAUUUAUACAGUGUAUAUAUAUCAUUCUAACUUAUUCCUAUUUAUUGUUAACAAGUUUUUCCUAUUUUAUCACUUUUAUAAAAUUUUGAAUUUAUUUUUUCCUUAUUUUUACAUUUUCUUCUGACAGUGCAUAAGGUCAUUAUUUUAACUCCUGUUUGCUUCUUUAUAUUUUUGAACGCCUUGCUUUCUUUUAACACAGGAAGAGAACAAAAUGUAAAUGACAAAAUGUAAGCAAGCAAAAUAUUGUAAGUAUCAACAUGUUAAAAGUUAUGGUGUGAACGAAUUAUCAGCAGUAGACAUGGAGAAGGGGCAGGAGUAAAUACGCUCUGCUUCUUCCUACCCCUUUUGAAGAGAUGUAAACAUGUGAUUGAGAAACAUUGGUGUGAAGAGGUUAAACAAUAACUUGUUAAAUAAUGAUAUUUGAACGUGAUCUAUUGUUAAUAUUGUCAUACAAGUACAUCUCUUUUAUUUGACUGAUUUAGUUGUGACUUUCCUACUGGCCACUUUAAUUACAGUAAAUGCUGAAUCAGUUAUGAGUUGAUCAAUAUGUAUGUAUGACCUCGGUCUGAGCAACUUCAAAAAAUUCAAAAGCCAUAAAAGAAUAUCAUGCAUUCCUAUCACAUAUGCCAGUGGAUUACAAAUUUUUAGUCAUUGUGUUUGCCAAGUGAUAAUUCUUAAUCAAUGACAAAUACUGAUCGAUGAGUGUGUCUCAUAAAGUUGACCUGUCUGCUUCUCAAGUUACCUUACUUGCUUCUCACCGUGUAAAUUCCCACUCGGCUGCCAACAAUCCCAUCUUGCGCAACACCUGCAUGUGAGGUGACUCAUGCGCCUCCUAUAAAAGAAGAAGACUCUCCUCUUAAGCGCUAGAUUCAAACAGCAGAGCUCCAAGGCAGCUGAGAAAAGGGGAAAAGCAAAGAGAGAAGGAAGCACGACAAGGCAAAGAACCGAUCCGCUUCACUGUUACUUCUUCAGCGAACCUUCGGAAACACAGCUGCUUCUUUUUUUAAAUAGUUUGAGCUAUUGUAGAAUUUGUCCAACUGCAAAAAUGAUGAGCAAAGUGAUCCUCAGUGCGUUGGUGGUCCUCCUGGUCUCUGUGGCCAUCAGUGAAGGAAUGACUCUGAGAAGCUUGGGAGUGGAGCUGCACUGCCGCUGCAUCCAGACAGAGAGCAAACCCAUCGGACGCCACAUCGAUAAAGUGGAGCUAAUUCCUGCCAACUCCCACUGCGAGGAGACUGAGAUCAUUGCUACACUUAAAAGGACUGGUCAGGAGGUGUGCCUGGACCCUGAGGCUCCCUGGGUGAAGAGGGUCAUUGAGAGAAUCCUUAACAACAAAAGACGCUGAGCUGACGCCAUGCGGAAAAGGGCUCAAGGGUUUCCUUCUACGGAAACUUUAACAAAUACCAAAAAAGUGUUGAUAUAAUCAGGGACUACUUAACUUAUUUAAACAGUGGAGCGAGUGGACAAGCUUACUUGAACAACUGAUGACGCUAUCAGAAGACACACUAUUUUUGUAUCAAACAUGUUAUUUAUUGUCAAGUACGCACUUGUUUGAAUGUCACUCAUAUGUGUAUUUAUUGUCAAGUACGCACUUGUUUGAAUGUCACUCAUAUGCUGUGUGGGCUGCAGCCUUUUUGACACCACGCUGGCGGUUAUGAACUGUUACUGUUUUUGGUGCUUUAACUUAUGCUUUCACAUAUUUAAUGUUGUAUUUAUGAAUGCAUAUUUAUGAAUCCAUCGGAAUGCAAUGUUUGUAUUUUUCCACUUCACCCUG